AUGGAGAGAGAGUCCAUAAGAUGCCAGAACUACAUCCUCUUCCUCCAUAAGAUAAAUGACUCCAAUCUAUACGUUUGUGGAACCAACGCGUAUCACCCAACUUGUGAUCAUAUGGUUAUCCAUGGGACAAACAUAAGCUUGCAAGGAAGAGCUGAAGAGAGCAGAGGAAAGUGUCCGUUUGCACCCACUCUGAAGUAUGCGUCUGUUUUUGUAGAUGGGGAAUUUUAUUCGGCUACUUCAAAUAAUUUCUUGGGAACAGACCCUAUAAUACUUCGCAGUAUGAGAAAUCCUAUAAGAACAGAGUUUAAAACAUCAUGGCUAAAUGAACCAAGCUUUGUCAACAUGGAAAUGGUGCAUGAAAGUGAAUCUAAUCCAAAUGGAGAUGAUGAUAAAAUUUAUGUGUUUUUCACUGAAACAGCUGUUGAAUUUGAAUUCUAUGACAAGCUUCUGGUGUCCAGAAUUGCCCGUAUCUGCAGAGGUGAUCUUGGUGGAAAGCGCAUAUUGCAGAGAAGAUGGACAUCGUUUUUAAAAUCCCGCCUUUCCUGUUCCGUUCCGGAAUUAAACUUCCAUUUCAAUAUUGUCCAGGACAUCUUUUUACUUAGGAGAAGAAAGUGGCAGGACAGCAUAUUUUAUGGAAUUUUUUCCCAACAAUGGGGAAGAUUAGACAUAUCAGCUGUUUGUGCAUACAGUAUGAAAAAUAUUCAGGAAGUCUUCUCCAAAGGAAGCUACCAAGGACCAGUAACUGUAGAACAUUCCCCUGUUAAGUGGAUGGUAUAUAGGGGAGAAGUGCCAGUUCCACGUCCUGGUGCUUGCAUUGAUAAUUUUGCCCGGAGUAUUGGGUAUAAUACUUCUUCUGACUUGCCUGACAAAGUUUUGCAGUUUGUUAGAGAUCACCCUCUAAUGGAUAAUUCUGUAAAUCCAAUUGGUAAUAGACCGGUGCUACUGAAGAGAGGUUCAAACUAUACCAGGAUUGUAGUAGACAGAGUCACUGGCCUAGAUAAACAAACAUACGAUGUUAUGUUUCUAGGAACAGAUGAUGGAUAUUUGCAUAAAGCUUUCAAUUGUGAUGGGGAAAUGUUCAUUGUGGAAGAGCUACAGCUGUUUCUGUCUCCUGAGCCUGUACAAUCUCUCCAGCUGUCUUCUGAAAAGGUGGCGCAGCUUCCAGUUUCUGAGUGCCACCGAUACAAGUACUGCCUGGAUUGCAUCUUGGCAAGGGAUCCUUACUGCGCGUGGUCUCAGUCUGCUGAGGAAUGUGUUCUCCUGGCAAAUCAAACCGGUCAGACGAAGAAUUUAAUUCAAAGUGUGAAAUACGGGGAUGCUUCCAGCUGCCCUAGUGUAGACUACGUGUCAGAAUACCUCAGUUUGGCCUGA